CGGGGGGGCGGCCGCCGCUCGCAGAUGACCACGAGCUUCACAGACCCGGUGGUGUCCAUGGAGCUGCUGCGGGCCGGGCUGCUGCCCAGCAUCAACGAGGAGAUCCGGGCCGUCUUCAACAAGUACAUGAAGUUUUUCCAGAAAGCAGCCAUCAAUGUGCGCGAUAAUGUCGGGGAGGAGGUGGACCCGGAGCAGCUCAUCCAGGAGACGUGUCGGAGCUGCCUGGAGCAGGCCAAGCUGCUUUUCUCUGACGGCAAGAAGGUCAUCCCCAGGCUGCCCCACGAGCAGGCCAUGCCAAAGCGUGCCCGACAGCUGGAUGAGGAGCUGCAUCGGCGAGGAAGCCCUGUUCCCAAAAAGAGAAAGGGGCGGCCUCCAGGACAGAGCCUGGCGAAUGACCGUGGGCUCUCGGCCAUGGCUGCGUGGAAACUCAAAGUCUCUGAGCCUGUGAGAAGGGAAGGACCAAAGUGGGAUCCAUCCCGACUGACUGAAACCACAACCUUUGUGCUGGGAUCUCGAGCAAACAAAGCUCUCGGGAUGGGCGGAACAAGAGGGCGACUCUACAUCAAGCAUCCCCACCUCUUUAAGUACGCAGCCGACCCGCAAGACAAGCACUGGCUGGCAGAGCAGCAGCACAUGAGGGCCACAGGGGGCAAGAUGGUGAGUACGAGGGGGCACCGCGGGCAGCCCGCGGGCGGGCGCAGCACUGCACGGGGCAGGCGGGAGCCGCCCCGGGGCGUGGCUCCGAUGUCCGGUGACAAGGGCAUCUCCGCCUUCCCCGAGUCCGACAACCUCUUCAAGUGGAUCGGCACCAUCGACGGCGCCGCGGGCACGGCGUACGAGGAGCUGCGGUACAAGCUGUCCCUGGAGUUCCCCAGCGGGUACCCGUACACGGCGCCCACCGUGCGCUUCCUGACGCCCUGCUACCACCCCAACGUGGACGCGCAGGGCAACAUCUGCCUCGACAUCCUCAAGGACAAGUGGUCGGCGCUCUACGACGUGCGCACCAUCCUGCUCUCCAUCCAGAGCCUGCUGCAUCGCCCACACCAUCUCCCCCGCCUCCUCCUCCUCCUCUUUGGGGCGCAGGGCAGCCGGGGGCAGCGCAGGGCCCCGGCCAGCCCCAUCGCGUGCCCAGGAGCCACCCGGCCAGCCCGGUCCUGCAGGGAGAGCUCCAGCGCGGAGCAGCAGCACCCAGAGCCGCUCUGGUUCCCGGCACUCCUCGACGCUGCCCGGUGCCCGCUGCGGGACGGGGGCGCUGAGUGGGGACAGCCUGGGGGAUGA